CGGCAUGCUGUUGAGCGGAGCGCACGGAGGUAACCUGGCCCGUCGCGUGGGACCCGUGGUGCCCUUAUGAUGCGUCGGCGCGCUCGCGAGUGUGUGACCGCGAGAGUGCGACCGUGAGAGUGCGACCGUCAAGUGCCAGUGAGUGAGCGGGCGAGCGAGUGAGUGCCCGCGAGUGAAUGAGUGCCACUGAGUGCAACAUCUCCGCAAUCAUGACACCGCUUUGGAUUGCCUGUCUCGUGUCGGCCGGGUGGGUCGCCGGGGCGCAGGCGUACGACGGGUACUCGGCGUGCCCCAAGUCGUACCGCAGCGUGCGGCACCGCGCCCAGCUACCCUGCGACUUCCAGUCGCAGUCCUGGUGCACCGUCCCGGGCUCAGCCUACCCCUGGCACGCCGUGCGCCGCUUCGUGCACGAGAACCACGGCCUGAUGAGGCGCAUGUACGGCGACGAGCGCCACAUCUCCGUCCUGCGCGCCGAGAUCGAGUCCAACGACGUGGAGCUGGUGCGAGACCCGGGCUGGCACCUCGAGGACGAUGUCAAGCGGCGGUACUCGGCCAAGCCGCACUUUCGACCGGCGAACCGGAAUCACCAGCAGCAGCCGCCGCCGCCACCCCCGCCAGUUCCACCUGCACCCCCGGAACCUGUGGCGUCGUUCGCCCCUUCACCGACCGCGGCUAGCACCGCGACCACCACCACGUCGCCGACGACCACCACUUCGACCACGCCGUCGACGACAACCUCCACGGCUGCAUCAACAACUGCAAGCAGCCCGGCUACCACGUCGAGCACUGGUGCUCCUUCCACGACGACAUCGGCGACGUCAACAGAGCCCCCCUCCGAGCCGCUCGGCCUGUACAACGGGAGGAUACACCCGCACCUCAUCAACGCUUCUCACUUGUUCAGCACACCCUCCGCGCCGAGCUCCUCCUCCACUACGACGGCCUCGCCGACGACUUCAUCCGCAGCCCCGGACACGACGGUGGGCGACUGGUCCACGGAGGACACAACCUUCACCACCUUGCCUGUGAGCAGCAGCAGCACUACUUCCACCACUUCUACCACCAGUACAACAACAACCACCACCACCACCACCACUACCACCAGUACGACCUCUACCCCCACGCCAUCAACCACGAGCACCGAGAGUGACGAGGAGGUACAACACUACUUGCACGUCGUGCAACAGCACGUCCCUGUUUGUAGCUACACGACUGUAGCUACAGCCGACAGUGCCCGAGUCAGCUUGACCUGAACGGUCUAUAGACGA